UUUGUCAAGGACCACGUUAGCCGGACAGCUAGUAAUCAAGGUUAACUGGGGGUUCUGCACUUAUAUGAAUCCUCGAAUUCACAGUCAUCCGUCAAGGUCGAUCCGAUGCGUUCAUUCUUCAAUAAACCUUCUUGGGCAAGCAGGGGAGAUGAAACCCAGGAUGUCAAAUUUUAUCGACAUGCUAGUCAGGUAUACAAUGACAUAGUUUCCGCAAAUCGAGAUGCACUACGUGCCAAUCAUACCCAAGCAACACGACUUAAACGGCGACGUACUUCGAAUGAGAACCAUGGGGAUGACACAUUAUCUGUGCGGACCUGCAAGGGCUAUGAGGCAGCUGGUGAUUGUCAAAUAUCGUCCUACAACUCAGUUGACCAGUGCAAGUCUGCGCAGGAAAGCGAAGAUGAUCUUGACUAUCAUGUCCCAGAUGCACCACAGCACGAACCAAGAUUCGACGAUGAAUAUGGUUUUAACCACACAAAACUAAGAAUUGCGGUAAAGCCUCGCGAUGAAGUUGUUGCUACUGGUACAACAGCCGCAAAUGAUAUGGGCGGAAGCAGAAGCGCGCACAUGGACACCUCCCAAUCCUCGAAUAUGCCGAGUCCUACUGAACCAACCAUGACUAUCAGCACGCAUAUCCCAUCAUCUGAUGACGCAACAGUCCAGAUUCUCAUCACGUCGAGCAUUAAUCACACUAAACCGCUCAUAGUCCGCCGGAAAAUGCAUCAACCGUUGAAAGAUGUCCGUCUGGCGUGGUUUAAUCGUCAAGCUCUGCCGAAAGAAUUACAGUCUUCUAUAUUCUUGACCUGGAAAGGAAAAAGGCUUUUUGAUGUUACUACAUGUCGCAGUCUGGGAAUUGGAGCCAAGGGCGGCCAUGCAUAUGGAACCGAUGUAUACGGGUUCCCGCGAAAUGACUGCCCGGAUUUACAAGUUCACAUGGAAGCUACCACUGAAAAUUGUCUCGACCUUAAUGUCGACAACACACUACCUUUUGCUAACUUGGAGCAAAAUCUCGGAUCCGCCGCUGGAGAGCCAUCGCUUAACAGUCUUGUUUUCAAGUCCCCCGGGAUUGAUGAUCUUAGAUUGAAAGUUAGCCCCCAGUUGCAGGUCUCACAGCUGAUCUGUUUGUACCGCGAAGCUAGACAAAUCCCCCAAGAACACGAUGUUUACCUAAUAUUUGACGGUGAGCGCUUGGAGUCUGAUCAUGUCCUAGCCGAAUAUGAUCUUGAAAAUGAUGAUCUUCUGGAUGUAAUAGUCAAGUGACAAUUUUCGUGGAUCUACUACUCAGUUCUAAGAGCUGCUUGUUCAAUUUGGUCGUCCUGGUUACCCAAAUAUGACAUAGCACGUGAUGCACACGCCUUAGGCCUAGGCAAAGGAAAGCCAAG